AUGUUUCCAAAAUCUUAUCCUGAAUCAUCAUCUGGCAAACCACUUAUGACCUUAGACAGGGAAGGUCCUUUGUUCAUUUUAACAAUGAAAAAUGGUGAAAAUCGAAUCACCACCACUUUUGUCCAGGCUUUUUUUUCUGCAUUGGAUGAUAUUGAAAGAAUUCGUGAGCAGGAAGAUAAACAGCCAGCUGCACUUAUCACCACUGGCGAGGAAAAAUUUUAUAGUAAUGGAUUGGAUUUAGAGCAUGCGUUAAGUACUCCUGGUUUUUUUGACAAUUAUUAUUUGAAGUUGUUGACUAGAAUGUUGACUUUUACUAUACCUACGGUUGCGGCGAUUAAUGGCCAUGCUUUUGCUGGUGGUUGUAUGUUAGCUUUAGCACAUGAUUACCGUGUUAUGAGAAAUGAUCGAGGAUAUAUGUGCAUGGUAGUUGAUAUUCCUUCACCUUUACAUUUAGGCAUGGCUGCGAUUGUUAGAAUUAAAAUGACACCAAAAACCUAUAGAGACUGUAUAUUACAAGCUCAUAAAUUCAGUGCACAAGAAUGUUUAGAUCAACAAUUAGUUGAUUUGAUUGCACCACAAAAAGAAGUUUUACCUAAAGCAAAAGAAUUAGCUUUGAAAUGGUCUCCCAAAGCUCGUGCUGGUGCUAUCUAUGGUUCAAUAAAAGAAACAAUGUAUGUGGAAGCUAUUAAUCAUUUAAGUUUAAAAUAUAAAUUAUAG